UAACCCCUACCCUAAUAAGCUUCUCGCCUUCUUCUCCAAUCUCCACUCGACGUCUCCAGACUCCAGUACUCAGAUACUCCGGUCAAGCGGUCAGACCUCACUUCAGCGACUAAGUGGCGACCGUACGUGACUCAGGCACUCAGCGGCUGCAACUCCUCGUCCUCAGCGGACCUCACAUCAGCCCUCUGCCCUAACUCCUCGGCUCAAGCCCUUCUCCAGUUCUCUGUGCUUGACGCUCGACUGCACAUACGUCGACUGGGCAGAGCAGGCGACUCGGCUUCUCGCCGACCGGCAUAGCUCGACCAGCAGUCAUUCUGUCCGUCCGAUGUCCGUCCAGCACAGUGCACAGCCUCCAUUCUCCAGCGACCACUCUGACCAGCGUAGCAGAGAAAGUAUGAACAGAAUGGAGAAUGAGGGGAAGGCAGAGCUUGGAAGUUUGCUUAAAAUUCUACCACCAGUUGAAUUCUGCUGUGUUUAUGGCUCCACUCUUCAUCCAAACAAUAAAGAUCAGAAAUCCAUGGUAGAUUACAUUCUUGGUGUAGCUGAUCCUAUACAAUGGCAUACUGAGAAUUUAAAGACUAACAGUGAUCACUAUGCAUCACGGCUUGUUCGCAUUGGUGGAGGUAGGCUGAUUAAUGGUAUUGCAAAUAAUGUUGGUGUUGGUAUACACUUCAACCCCUUUGUUUCUUGGAAUAACAAGAUGUUCAAGUAUGGAGUUGUUCGAGUGCAUGACUUGAUCGAGGAUAUUCAAGGAUGGGAGAGGUUCUACAUGAGUGGUCGUUUGCAGAAACCUGUUAAUAUUAUUGUGGAUAAUUUGAAUGUUGAAAAUGAAAAUGCUGUCAAUUUGAGAGCUGCUGCAUCUGCUGCUCUCCUCCUUUUGCCGUCUGAAUUCUGUGAGGAAGAUUUAUAUGCCAAAAUAUGUAGCUUGUCAUAUAUGGGUGACUUGCGGAUGCUUUUUGCGGAGGACAAAAAUAAGGUAAAAAAUAUUGUACGAGGACAAUUUCACUUGUUCCAAAGAAUUUAUAGACCCUUUCUAGAUGAAUAUGCUGCCAAUGGCUUGCUGAGAUUUUCAUCAACUGGUGACAAGCAAGUAAAUAUAACUCAGGAUUGCGGAUUAUCUGCUGCCACUUUCUUUGCAUCACAUCUUCCUCUGCCUAUUAGAAGCAAAAUGGAUACAAAUCGUGGAGAGAUGAAACAAUUGGAUUACAGUGGAAAAAUUAGACCGGACAUGAUUAUUGGUUCGAAAGAACAGGCUGCAAACUCCAUGAGUAAGCUUCUUAGGCGAAAGGUUAUGGUUUCAAGUGCGAGGCAGGCAGUUGCAGGUUUGCUGACUGCUGGUGCUGUUCACGGCGUCAAAUAUCUGGGGAAGAAGAUGAUCAAAGCUUGGAAAUCUUGGACAUAGGCCGACCUCUGGCUCUUGACCAUUUUACCCCUCAAGCAUACAUGACCUCUCGGGCGCUGUCCUGAGCAAGGGAAAAAUUUUCAAUGCACCCUCUGGCCGAGAAGGCGAGAACUGUUUUGGUUUUAACGCGAAAGAGUUGGAAAAGGGAGGACGGAGAAUAACCCCAGGUUAACGAGAAACUUCUGAGCCAUGUGUGCCCACUCCCCACAGGCUAAAACAGUUUGAAGAACAUGAUUAAAUCUCUUAAAUUUGGUAAUUACUUCCACUCGGCGUUUUCUUUUUGCC